AUGUCGGAUAGCGACCUCGGGGAGGAUGACAGCACCACAUCCCCGGACCCCUCGCAGUCCAACAAGAGGAAGAGAAGGGGCAAUCUCCCCAAGGAGUCCGUGAAGAUCCUCCGGGACUGGCUGUACGAGCACCGCUUCAAUGCCUACCCCUCUGAGCAGGAGAAGCUUAGCCUCUCGGGGCAGACCAGCCUCUCUGUGCUGCAGAUCUGCAACUGGUUCAUCAAUGCCAGGAGGCGGCUGCUCCCCGACAUGCUGCGCAAGGAUGGAAAGGACCCCAACCAGUUCACCAUCUCCCGACGAGGAGGCAAAGCUG